AUGUUCGAAUGCCGUCUUCCAAAAGCAAAAGUCCUCAAGCAGAUCAUGGACGCCCUAAAGGAUCUUAUCAAAGAAGCCGUUUGGGAUGUCUCCGCGCAGGGCCUGUCUCUCCAAUCAAUGGACAGCUCCCACGUGUCGCUCGUCCAAGUGACCCUUAAAGCGGAAGGUUUCGACAGCUUCCGCUGCGACAGAAACAUCGCGCUGGGAGUGAACAUGGAUACCAUGCAAAAGCUCCUGAGAUGCGCAUCCAACGACGACAAUAUCACGCUCAAAGCAGAUGAUAACGGGGAUCUUCUAACCAUGGUCUUUGAAAAUCCUAACGGAGAUAAAACCUCCGAGUUUGAGAUGAAGUUGAUGGAUCUCGACAUCGAGCAGCUCGGAAUUCCAGACCAAGAAUACAGCUGCACUGUAAAAAUGCCUUCGAACGAGUUCCAGCAUAUCUGCCGCGAUCUGCAGAACAUCGGCGAGAGUGUCAAGCUCACUAUUGUCAAGGGCGGCGUCGACUUCAGUGCGUACGGCGACAUUGGCCACGCCAAAAUCCACCUGACCGAACGCGCAAACGUCGACGACGAGAAAGACGCUGUCACUGUUGACAUCAGUGAACCCGUCAACUUGACCUUCGCGCUCCGGUACCUCAACUUCUUCACGAAAGCGACCCCGCUCUCCGGCCAAGUGAGUCUCGAAAUCUCGCCUGACGUUCCUUUGGUCGUCGGUUACGAGAUUGAGGACCUUGGCCACGUGAAGUAUUUCCUCGCGCCGAAGAUCGACCAGGAAGAUGACGAGUGA